AUGGGUGGCAACGGCAACGACAGCAGCCCAGCGACGGCGGCGGCAGCAGCAGCGGUGGUACGGGCGGCAACGAACGAUAGCAGCCCAGCGACGGCGGCGGCAGCAGCAGCAGCGGCAUGGGCGGCAACGGCAACGAUAGCAUCCAGCGACGGCGGCAGCAGCAGCAGCGGCACGGGCGGCAACGAACGACAGCAGCCCAGCGACGGCGGGCGGGGCAGCAGCAGCAGCACGGCGCAGCAGCAACGGCAACGACGAGCAGCCCAGCGACGGCGGCGGCAGCAGCAGCAGCAGCCCAGCGACGGCGGCGGCAGCAGCAGCGGCACGGGCGGCAACGGCAACGACGACAGCCUUAGCCCAGCGACGGCGGCAGCAGCAGCAACGACGUACGGGCGGGCAACGGCAACGACAACAGACAGCCCAGCGACGGCGGCGGCAGCAGCAGCGGCACGGCCCAGCGACGGCGGCGGCAGCAGCAGCGGCAAUGGGCGGCAACGGCAACGACAGCAGCCCAGCGACGGCAAGCAGCAGCGGCAUGGGCGGCAACGGCAACGACAGCAGCCCAGCGACGGCGGCAGCAGCAGCAGCGGCACGGGCGGCAACGGCAACGACAGCAGCCCAGCGACGGCGGCGGCAGCAGCAGCGGCACGGGUGGCAAAUGGCAACGACGAGCAGCCCAGCGACGGCGGCAGCAGCAGCAGCACGGGGCGGCAACGGCAACGACGACAGCCCAGCGACGCAGCAGCAGCAGCAGCGGGCGGCAACGGCAACGACAGCAGCCCAGCGACGGCGGCAGCAGCAGCGGCAACGGCGGCAACGAUACAGCAGCCCAGCGACGGCGGCAGCAGCAGCAGGCAGCAGGUGGCGGGCGGCAACGAACGACAGCCCAGCGACGGCGGCGGCAGCAGCAGCGGCACGGGCGCAGCAGCAGGCAGUGGGCGGGCAACGGCAACGACAGCAGCCCAGCGACGGCGGCGGCAGCAGCAGCAGCACGGGCGGCAAACGGCAACGACAGCAGCCCAGCGACGGCGGCAGCAGCAGCAGCAGGGCAACGGCACGACGGGGCGGCAACGGCAACGACAACGACAGCCCAGCGACGGCGGCAGCAGCAGCAGCAGCAGCGGCACGGGCGGCAACGGCAACGACAGCAGCCCAGCGACGGCGGCGGCAGCAGCAGCAACGGCACGACAGGGCGGCAACGAACGACAGCAGCCCAGCGACGGCGGCGGCAGCAGCAGCGGCACGGGCGGCAACGGCAACGACAGCAGCCCAGCGACGGCGGCAGCAGCAGCGGCAUGGGCGGCAACGAACACCCAGCGACGGCGGCAGCAGCGGCAACGGCAGCAGCAGCGGCAACGGCAACGACGACAGCCCAGCGACGCGGCGGCAGGCAGCAGCAGGGCACGGGGCGGCAACGACAACGAUUGCAGCAGCCCAGCGACGGCGGCAGGCAGCAGCAGGGGCAGCGGGGGCGGCAACGGCAACGACAACAGCCCAGCGACGGCGGCGGCAGCAGCAGCAGGCAGCGGGCGCAGCCCAGCGACGGCGGCGGCAGCAGCAGCAGCAGCAGCGGCAACGGCAACGACAGCAGCCCAGGCAGCGGCGCGACGGCGGCGGCAGCAGCAGCGGCAGCAACGGCAACGACGCCCAGCAGCCAGCAGCGACGGCAGCAGCAGCAGCGGCACGGGCGGCAACGCACCCAGCGACGGCGGCAGAGCAGCGGCGGCGGCGGCAGCAGCAGCAGGCAGGCGGGCAACGGCGGCACGACGACAGCCCAGCGACGGCGGCGGCAGCAGCAGCGGCACGGGCGGCAACGGCAACGACAGCAGCCCAGCGACGGCGGCAGGCAGCAGCAGCGGUACGGGCGGCAACGACAACGACGAGCAGCGAUUUAGCGACGGCGGCGGCAGCAGCAGCGGCACGGGCGGCAACGAACGACAGCAGCCCAGCGACGGCGGCGGCAGCAGCAGCGGCAGCAGGGCGGGCGGCAACGACAUAACAGCCCAGCGACGGCGGCGGCAGCAGCAGCAGCGGCACGGGCGGCAACGGCAACGACAGCAGCCCAGCGACGGCGGCAGCAGCAGCAGGCAGCAGCAGCAGCAGCGGCACGGGCGGCAACGGCAACGACAGCAGCCCAGCGACGGCGGCAGCAGCAGCAGCAGCAGCGGGGGCGGCAACGGCAACGAUAGCAGCCCAGCGAUUUGGCAGCGAGCGGCGGCGGCAGCAGCAGCGGCGGGCGGCAGCAACGGCAACGACAGUAGCCCAGCGACGGCGGCGGCAGCAGAGCAGCGGCACGGGGCGGCAACGAACGACAGCAGCCCAGCGACGGCGGCGGCAGCAGCAGCGGCACGGGCGGCAACGCGGCAGCAGCAGCAGGCAACGGGCGGCAACGGCAACGACAGCCCAGCGACGGCGGCCAGCGACGGCGGCAACGGCAGCAGCAGCGGCACGGCAACGAGGGUACGGCAACGGCAACGACAGCAGCCCAGCGACGGCGGCGGCAGCAGCAGCGGCGCAGCAGCGGUACGGGGGGCGGCAACGGCAACGACGCAGCCCAGCGACGGCGGCGGCAGCAGCAGCAGCGAACGGCGGCGGGCAGCAACGACAACGACAGCAGCCCAGCGACGGCGGCGGCAGCAGCAGCAGCAACGGGCGGACGGCAACGGCAACGAACGACACAGCAGCCCAGCGACGGCGGCAGGCAGCAGCAGCGGCACGGGCGGCAACGGCAACGACGAAGCGAUUGCCCAGCGACGGCGGCGGCAGCAGCAGCGGCAACGAUGA